ACCUAAGUACACCCUAUAGGAGUCAUACAGGUGUGUUAUCAUUAUCAAUCUACUGUUCUACAUAGUUUUAUCAGUGUAUGUCUCGUAUCAGUGACUGUGCUGUGCGAUAAACUACGAACGGAUACACAAUGGCACAGCAAACAUACUAUGGGCCUGGCAGUUAUGGCGAGGAUCAAGACGUGGAAGCCUUCGAUUUCACCGAGCAAAGUAUAAGGAGGGGCUUUAUUAGAAAGGUAUACGCGAUCUUGAUGUGUCAACUGCUCAUCACGAUGGGAUGCAUAUCGCUGUUCCUCUUCCACGAGCCGACUCAACAGUUCGUCAAAGAUAACCCCUACCUCUUGUGGAUAGCGAUAGUGGUUCUGGUCGUGUGCCUCAUCUCUAUGGCGUGCUGCACGGAGGUGCGGCGCACUGCACCCAUGAACUUCAUCUUCCUCACCCUCUUCACUCUGGCGCAAAGCUUCCUGCUUGGCGUCAUCACCAGCGCCUACAACGUUAGCGAGGUGAUGAUGGCAGUAGGCAUAACUGCAGCUGUGUGCCUGGGGCUGACGCUGUUUGCCUUCCAGACUAAAUUCGACUUCACUAUGAUGGGCGGCGCGCUCGUUGCCGCUUCUAUGGUUUUGCUAGUCUUUGGUAUCCUAGCGUUAAUCUUAAGGAGCAACAUCCUGACACUAGUCUACGCGGCCGCCGGCGCUCUGAUCUUCUCACUCUACCUGGUCUACGACACUCAGCUGAUGAUGGGCGGCAAGCACAAGUACAGCAUCUCUCCCGAAGAGUACAUCUUCGCGGCUCUCAACUUGUACUUGGACAUUGUCAACAUUUUCUUGUUCAUAUUGACCAUUAUUGGCGCAACGAAAUGAAACUCAAGACUUCCCUUAAAAUAGUCCUCUUUUUCGUUCAAACAUCAAGUCUUUUCGUGGUACGUAGCGACCCGAACUGCAACGGGAUUCGAGCAACACUACAUGAUAGCCAUGUAGCUCAUUCGACAUUUAUUUUUAAUCCAUUGAAGGUUUAAACGUCCAUUUAAACGAAGGUAAGCAGUGCUUUUAUGACUCUACUAGAGAUCGUUUUGCUAGAGGAAAAUAUAAAAAAUAGGAGAAAUCUUGGCCUUUUUUCUUGUGCAAAAUUUCAGCUUUCUAGGAUUUGGGCUGGGUGUUGAUAAGCCAGGCAGUGAGUCAUGUUGAGUUAUUGAUGACCUGCACGCUACUGCUUUGAACCCUUUAAAUUAUAAUUAACGCCAUGUGAACGAUUUCGAAAUAAAACGUUUUGCAUGAGCAUUGUUGUGGUAAUAACGGGGACUGACGGUAACGGGGACGGGGACAGAGUUAGGUGAGGUAUUUCUUCGAAUACAAUCUAGUAGAGUAGACAGACACGAUACUUUUACGAAAUUUAAACCACCGUAUUGGUAAACGAAAAUAGGAUAUUCUUGCCGAAACCGAAACGGGUCAGUGUCUAAAGGAUAGGUAGGUACUUAAUGAUUGUUAAUUCAUUCCUUUUUUGGCUCUGUAGGAAUCUCUAUGGUACAGAAAAUUUUCAUCAAUAUGCAUUCGACCAAACACAGACACAGAGUAGGAUAGGAUCCUAGAUAUAAGUAUGAUGUAAAUAUUAUACUUAAUAGAGUUCUUAUAAUGUUACCUAAUUUAGUUUUAAAAUGUAAUAAAAAUAAAUUAUUGUUUGCUAUUUGCUUAUUUUAUUGUUAACUUACAUUUCUCAUCUAGUUUUUACUAUUUCGACAAAAGACUAUGUGGUCUCAUGAGGCUGUUUUUCCACCAGAGAUGUGCUAUGCAGCUAUAUUUUGAAGAGAUCAAAGCUAAGUUAUAAAACUACUAGAAGAUGCCCGCGACUACGUCUGCGUGGAUUUAAGAUUUUAAAGAUCCCGUGGGAACUGUUUGAUUUUCCGGGAUAAAAAGUAGCCUAUGUCCGUCUCCGGGAUAUAGGCUAACUCUAUACUAAAUUUAUCAGAAUCGGUGAAACUGUUGGGCCGUGAAAAGGUAGCAGACAGACAGACACACUUUCGCAUUAAUAAUAUUAGUAUGGAUGUGACCGUUUCCACUGAUACUAAGCGGUGUAUAGUGCUCGGCAGACAACUUGGCCCUGAAGCAGCGUAGUGGGAAAAAGUUUUUCGCGACUCGAACUAAGCGAUGCAUCCACGGGGUGGGUGCCCAACGAGUCACACUGUCUCUUCUAGGGAAUUCAUUGAAGUUUUCCUCACAUCAAGUCACACUGUUACUAGCUGCAACUUUUUGAUCCAUGGUAGGGAGAGCAUGGCGCUUCACCACUCGUGCAUCCGUACGUCCUUCUGUA